AUGGAUACCCCUACUACGACACCCGCACCUCCUAUACUUCCCAUUCAAUACUUGAUAGCAAUGGGAAUAGUAAUGCAGAGACAGCAACAACAUGAUAAUUAUGCCAAUAAAACGCCACUUCCACCAAAAUCCACAUACGAUUACGUGGUGGUAGGCGCAGGAUCUGCCGGUGCUAUAGUGGCCUGUCGUUUAGCACAACAGGGAAAAGAUGUGUUACUUUUGGAGGCCGGGGGUUCUCAGAGCGCCUACAACAACGAUCACCCAGUGCCUCAACGGGUUGGACGAGGAUCUCCGGUAUUCAUGGGAAUACUAAAGGGAAAGGUAUUAGGCGGCACAUCCACUGUUAACUGGAUGAUGUACAACAGGGGUAAUCAAAAAGACUACGACAAUUUUGUGACCCAAUACGGGGCCACCGGGUGGGGGUAUUACGAUGUAAUGCCGUUGUUUAAGUUAACUGAAAACAAUACCGACCCCACUGUGAGCAUAACUGUGGGACAGAUAUUACUCUCGAGAUAUCCGGUGGCUGUCGAUGCUCUCAAUCCUCUAUUGAUAGUGGACUGA